UGGCAGCCGCUCGGCACCGUGCGGCCGCGCUCGGCUCGGCUCGGCCCGGCCCGGUUCGGCUCCGCUGCGUCCCGCCCGUCCCGGUUCGGCCCGGCCCGGCCCGGCCAUGGGCUGGCCCGUGCUGCUGACCGCGGCCGCGCUGCUGGCCGCCGCCGCCGCCGCCUGGGAGCCCUCGGCCGAAGAGGAGCAGCUGUUCAAGGCCUGGAUGCUGCAGAACGAGCGGCGCUACGGCCCCGAGGAGUACCCGCGCCGGCUGCGCAUCUUCCUGGGCAACAAACGGCGCGUGGAGGAGCACAACGCCGGCAACCACAGCUUCCAGAUGGGCCUCAACCAGUUCUCGGAUCUGACCUUCGCGGAGUUCAAAAAGCUGUACCUGUGGAGUGAGCCGCAGAACUGCUCAGCCACCAAGGGGAAUUUCCUGCGCAGCUCUGGGCCACAUCCCGACUCCAUUGACUGGAGGAAGAAGGGGAAUUUUGUGACACCUGUGAAAAACCAGGGUGCCUGUGGGAGCUGCUGGACCUUUUCCACCACGGGCUGUUUGGAGUCUGCUAUUGCCAUUGCCACGGGAAAGCUGCUCUCUCUGGCAGAGCAGCAGUUGGUUGAUUGCGCCCAGGCCUUCAACAACCAUGGCUGCAGUGGGGGCCUGCCGAGCCAAGCCUUCGAGUACAUCCUGUACAACAAGGGGCUCAUGGGGGAGGACAGCUACCCGUACAGGGCCAAGAAUGGCACCUGCAAGUUCCAGCCCGAGAAGGCCAUUGCCUUUGUCAAGGACGUGAUCAAUAUCACACAGUAUGAUGAGGACGGCAUGGUGGAAGCUGUGGGGAAGCACAACCCAGUGAGCUUUGCCUUUGAGGUGACGAGUGACUUCAUGCACUACAGGAAAGGAGUGUAUUCCAACCCCCGCUGCGAGCACACCCCUGACAAGGUGAACCACGCCGUGCUGGCCGUGGGCUACGGAGAGGAGGAUGGCACUCCCUACUGGAUCGUCAAGAACUCCUGGGGCCGCCUCUGGGGCAUGCAGGGGUAUUUCCUUAUCGAACGAGGCAAGAACAUGUGUGGGCUGGCUGCCUGUGCCUCCUACCCCGUUCCUCAGGUGUAGCACGGGCAGGCUGGCCCGGGGCUGCACUGACUGAGGCUGCUCCAGGGCUGAGGGCUGGCACCAGAGGGGCAGAACCACUGCCACACCUGCCUGCUGGGGGGUGUCCCCUGCUGGGGGUGUCCCCUGCUGGGGGUGUCCCCUGCUGGGGGUGUCACCUGCUGGGGGGUGUCACCUACUGGGGGGUGUCCCCUGCUGGGAGGUGUCACCUGCUGGGGGUGUCACCUGCUGGGGGUGUCACCUGCUGGGGGUGUCCCCUGCUGGGGGUGUCCCCUGCUGGGAGUGUCCCCUGCAGGCAGCCUGGCUCACACACACAGCAGCCAGGUUCUCCUGCAGCAGCAGCCCGAGCUGAGCCUGCCCCCUCCAGCCAGGUUGCCUCCUCCUGCCGUGCCCAGGUGUGCCCAGGUGUGCCUCCCUCCACCCGGGGGCAGCAGGGCCCGCCUGGGUGCAGGGAACCCCACAGGAACCGAUUUAGGGCACGCACCCCUUGGGUGGCUUUCCUGCAAUCACCAGCUGUAAAUUGUAGCGAUUUAAAAAUUUUCCUUGAAGGCAAUUUCCCUGUUCUUUAAAGGAAGGAUGAGUGAGUGCUGUGAUUUAUACACUUUUACCGAUUUUGAUGAAAUGCUUGCUAUAUUUUGUAUUGAAACCCAGGGUAUUUUAAUGCACAUGGAGAAGAAACGGGUGAUUUUUCUUUAACCCACCAGCGGAGACCCCAGAACCUCGGUGCCGAUUCUGAGCAGGCGCUGGGGAAAUGAAGCCGCGUGUGAGCUGGGGCACGUCUGUGUUGUUUCACAAUGAAAUCUGUCACUGACAAUAAAGCUGCCUCGUCAACGGA